AUGUGGUUUUGCAAUUCACUAUGUUCCACCGCCAGACAACCAUCGGGAACUCAGACGGUAUUCCCAGCCUUCUUACCUACGGAAUUCUACUAUUAUAUCGCCAGCCACGUUUCUAGAUUUAAUGCGCGUCGAGGAAAACUGGCUCAUACGCAGGCGCUGUCGUUCUCUACGAACAAGUCAGGGAGUGAAGAAUGGCCUAUUUUUGCCAUCGUCUAUUAG